CAGAAAACAGACUUUUGUGUACUACUCAAAGACCAGCAUACAGUAGGAGAGGCAACAGGAGAAGCGGGUUGAAGCUUAAAAGCUCCCAUGGAACUUAGCUUUCCUGAGCACCAGGAAUAAACCUUCCUCUGGGCUCUAUUGCUCGCCUCUGCGUUCCCAGUGGCGAAGCUGAUGGAUCGGCUCAUAGUUCGCGUCAAGCGAGGCCUGAAUCUGGCUAUCAGAGAUGCCGCAAGCAGCGAUCCUUACGUUCUCAUCAAAAUGGCCAAUCAGAAAUUGCAGACUCGUGUGGUGGAGAAGAAUAUCAAUCCUGAGUGGGAUGAAGACCUGGCUUUAUCCAUUUCAGAUCCACAUCUUCCAGUCCACCUUUUUGUGUAUGACAAGGACAAAUUUUUUGAUGACAAAAUGGGGAAGGCUGAGUUUGAAGUUAGUCCCUUUCUUGAAGCUGCGAAGAAACGGUUGGAAUUAGAAGGCCUCCAGGAUGGAACAAUCAUCACAACAGUAGAACCCAACCGGCAAAACUGUCUGGCUCAGGAGAGCCAAAUUGUGUGGAAAGAUGGCAAAGUUGUCCAAAACAUGUUUCUUAGACUGAAGAAUGUGGAAUCUGGGGAAGUGGAGCUCCAAUUAUCAAUGGAGAACAUGUUGGGUCUGCUCAGAAUUUGCGUCCAAAGAGGCAUAAAUCUUGCUAUCAGAGAUACCUUCAGCAGAAGCAGUGAUCCUUGUGUUGUUUUCCAAAUGGGCCAGCAGAAAUUGAAGACUCGAGUGGUGAAGAGGAGUCUCAAUCCUGAGUGGAAUGAAGAUUUAACUUUGUGCAUUUCAGAUCCUCCUCUCCCAGUCCAACUUUUUGUGCAUGACACAGACGUGAGUUUUGAUGACAAGCUGGGGGAGGCUGAGUUGGACAUUAAUCCAUUUGUUGAAACUGUUGUGAUGAGUCAGCGGUCCGCAGGUGGCCUCCAGCAUAAUGGAGCUAUCCUUAAAAGAAUAAAACCGAACAGGGAGAACUGUCUGGCUGAAGAGAGCCAAAUUGUGUGGAAAGAUGGCCAACUAGUUCAAGACUUGGUUCUUAGGCUGAAAAAUGUGGAGUCUGGGGAAUUGGAGCUCCAAUUGCAUUGGAUUCACAUUCGUCCUUCCAACAGUCUCUAGCCUGGUUUUCUGCUUCUUGUGGUGUAAAUACUCAGAGUGCUUUCUUUUCUUUACUACUUUUUCUCUUUUAAUUCCCCCUUUUCGCAUUCUAGUAGUUGGAACAUGGUCGGAUGCUCAAUGUGUUUAAGUAGUGAUUUGUCCUGAAAAAGUAUGGCUGUAAUUACUAUGGCUGAAGAUUGAAGAGACUAGCAGUCUGCUGUUUGUAUUGAUGGAAUGCAUUGGAACAGGUUUUCAAGUUUUAUGAUGAUGAUUUAGAAUGUUUUUCCCCCUGAUCUUA